AUGAACGUCCAUACCAAGCCCAACCCAACCCCCGACAAUGUCUUGGGGAUUUACGACGAGAUUGCGGAGGUAGAAUCUCCGCGGUUUGAGAGGGUUUACUGGACAAAGGAACCGCAUUUGAGGAAGCUCUAUGGCAUGACCUCCUUCCUUCUGGUGGCAUCGGCAACGACAGGCUACGACAGCAUGCUUUUGAACACAUCACAACAGAUCCAUGCGUGGAACCACUUCUUCUUCCCGGAGACGAAGCUUAACCCGGACCUUGCAGAUCCCGUUGAGGAUAGCAAGCUGGCAAUCUUGAAUAACAUGUUCAACAUCGGCUCAAUCUUGUCGUUCGUUAUAACCCCGUACGUGGCCGAUAAUUAUGGACGAAAGCCCUCCAUCGUAGCUGGUUGCAUGUUCAUGAUAUUUGGGGGAUUUCUAACUGGUUUUUGCAACGGUUACGGAAUGUACAUGGGUGGCCGGUUCCUCCUCGGUUUUGGCAACUCACUCGCACAAAUGGCCUCCCCCCUCCUUCUCACCGAGAUCGUCCACCCGCAACAUCGCGGCCCCGUCACCGCCAUCUACAACUGUCUUUGGAAUGCCGGCGCGCUCUUGGUGUCGUGCAUAGCAUGGGGCACGUCCAACAUUGCCUCCAACUGGUCCUGGCGCUCCAUCACGCUCCUGCAGGUUCUGCCCUCGGCCGUCCAGCUCGCAGGCAUUUGGUGGCUUCCUGAAUCUCCACGAUACCUUAUUAACAAGGAACGCCAUGAUGAAGCCCUCGACAUACUCGCCAAGUGGCAUGCCGGCGGUGAUAGACUCAACAGAACAGUACAGUUCGAGUUUCGUGAGAUCAAAGAGACGAUUCGCAUCCAGAAGGAGCUGGAUGAGGCAUCGACCUAUGUCGAUUUUAUCAGGACCAAGGGAAAUAGGUGGCGGUUGGCCAUUAUCAUCUCGCUGGGUGUCAUUAGCCAGUACUCUGGCAAUGCCCUGUUCAGCAAUUACAUGAAUGCUGUAUACGGCGGGGCGGGGAUAACGGAGCAGAGCCAUAAGCUGGCCAUCUCGACGGGGAAAAUGAUCCUGGAUCUGAUCGUUACCAUCUUCGCCGCGCUGAAUGUCGACCGGUUUGGACGCAGGCCGCUGUUCUUGAUGUCGACGUGCGGUAUGGUCGUGAGCUUUGCGUGCUGGACGGCAACGGGCGCGGCGUAUGAACAUGAUGGGGAGACAAAUAUGACCAUUGGCUAUACGCAGUUGGUGUUCAUCUGGAUCUUUGGUAUCUUUUACGAUAUUGGGUUUUCAGGAAUGUUAGUGGCAUAUGCGCUGGAGAUCCUGCCGUUUCAUCUAAGGGCGAAAGGCAUGAUGUUGAUGAAUGUCACGAUGCAGGCUGUGCUUGCCAUCUCCAAGUGA